AUGCAAAAUGCAGUCGCAGCCGCAGCCGCACAUCGGGUCAAGGACCGGAGAAACAGGAAACAAGAAACCUGCCGCUAUGCCGCCUCUCCAGUUCGAACGGAGGUGGUCAUGCACGGCAAGAAAGUGUAUCACCUUGGCAUCACGAACAGGCUGAGCUGUCAUGGCUGCCAGUUGGGAUACAUUCCACUUGCCCGUCAUCGUGAUUCUGACCUCUGA